AUGAAUUGGCCGCUGGCAUCAGUUUUUGAGUCUCUCCACCCCGUCGACCUCAUCAACCAAACCGCCGCCAGCAUGAAGGCCCUGGCUGGCCUCGCCGCGUUCUGGCCCCUCGUUGCCGGGGCCGCGCUCAACAUCACGUACUACCAGAAUGUUCCCCUCGCCCCGACCCCGCUGCCCCCCUCACAUGCGGACUCAGACGGCGAGACCAUCAUCCGGCUCUUCCAGAACCUCGGUCGCUCAACUGUCUGGAAAAGCAUCGCCAACAUAACCAUUGAAGGCGACACAUUUGAGCCCGAGGGCAUGGUCCGCCUGGGCGACGACCGCCUCGUCGUCAGUUGCGGCGAGUACACGGAGCCGACGAAAAAGUACGGUAGCAUCAUCAAUGGCACCGACCGUACCCCCGGUCAGGGCUUCGGACAUUUGAUCGUCUUCAAUGGCAAGGGCCAGCGCCUUGCUGAUGCCACCAUCACCAAGCGGGGCGACAUAGAGUACCACAAUGGCGGCAUCGACUUUGACGGCAAGGCCAUUUGGGGCACAAUUGCGCAGUAUCGCCCCAACACCACAGCUUAUGCGUACAAGGCAGACCCCAAGACGUUGAAGCCGACCACGGUCGUCCACUACAACGACCACCUGGGUGGGAUUGUGCACGACACAAAGGAGGAGACCAUCAGCUGCCUUAACUGGGGCUCGCGCAACGCAUCGACUUGGGCACUGCGCGACGUCAAGCCUGGCUGCAACUCGCCAUCGUCCUCUACCAAGCCGAAGCGCGUCGUCCGCAACCCCAGUUACUUUGUCGACUAUCAAGACUGCAAAUGGCUCGGACACAGCAAGUUUUACAACGGCAAGAGCGUGAUGCUAUGCUCAGGCGUGGCCACCAUCGGCAGCUACAAUCUGGGCGGUGUGGCGCUCGUCGACGUCGCCACGAUGGAGCCCCUCGCGGAGGUGCCGAUUGCGCUGGAGAGCGCUCUCGGUGUGCGCCUGACCCAAAAUCCGGUCGACGUGAGCGUUCAUGAUGGCAAGCUGCGCUUCUACUGGAUGCCGGACCAGAGGAACAGCACGCUGUACGUGUACGAGGCGCAACCGAACAGUCCGUUCCAGUACGGCGGCGACCCUAGAUAG